UGGCGGCGGCGCUGGCGGAGGGUCGCACCGAGGAGGGAGAGCGAGGAGGCGGGGAACCGGAGAGACAGAGACGGGAGGCCCCGGUGGCACCGACAGACGAACAAUAAUCACGGCGACGACAGCCGCGAGGCCCGCGGACCAGCACGGAGGAGGAUGGACGGAUGGAUGGAGCGUUCAGGCCCUCCUAUUGGCCGUCAUCCUGUCCCGCUCCACCAGCCGGUACUCUACUACAGCCGCAGUACUCGUAGUAUUUAGAUGCAGUAGUCAGUACUAAUACCUGCGAUUGCUAGUUGAGAUUCGGCGAGACAUCACAGUGGUAAUCACAGAGUCUGCAGCUGUAGGGGGCGCUACUCUGACCUCUGAGGCAGGAGGGGUUUAACAGCUCCGAUAACCUUUGUGCAGCGGCUUUGAGGACACUCUUACUUGUGUGCGUACCCAUUUUGAUGCUAACGGACCUGGAAUGACAACCGCAGGCCUCUGCAUCGUUCCUGCCUUGCUGUAGUCUUGCUGGUGAUGAGCUCAAUAUUUUGUUGACAGAAAAAAUGACACUGAGACUGCCGGGCUAACAGCUGCUUCACGGUGACCUCCUCUCAGCUGCGGCACCAUCAAACCCAGUACUUCACCGGCUCUGAAAAUGUAGAUUAGCCUCAUUUUGAAGCUACUUGAGGUUAGCAGCUAAGAGCUAGCGCACCAAACACCUGCCCCCUCCAGAAGCAAAAUUCGGUUAGAGAACAAAUUACCUAAAAAUGUAGUUGGAUUCUGACCGGGAUCGCGUGUUUAGCAGCUAACGGCUAGUUAGCGGCUAGUGGUGAGCAGGUAGCGGUGGCGUGGGGCUAAGUCCGGGACAGAGCAGGGGUGCGAUGGAGUACCACUCCGGUGGCAGCCUGCCCCUGCUGGGGAGACCGCGGUACUGCCCCGGGGCCAACUCAAACGGAGGAUACCUGUGUGAGACUGGACACUGCUGCGGAGAGACCGGCUGCUGCACCUACUACUACGAGCUCUGGUGGUUCUGGCUGCUGUGGACCGUCCUCAUCCUGUUCAGCUGCUGUUGUGCCUACCGACACCGUCGAGCCAAACUGAGAGUCCAGCAGCAGCAGAGGCAGAGAGAGAUCAGCCUGCUGGCGUACCACGGAGCCAGCUCUUACCCCUCCUCCAUGCUGGACCUCAGUUUCCUGGCAUCCCUGAAGCUUCCGUCCUAUGAAGAGGUGGCAGCUCAGCCCUCCACCCCUCCUCCACCCUACAGCUCAGUGUUCACCACCCCACGCUACCCGCAGCCCCCCCGCACCGUCGACCCCCACCUGCUCACACAGCAUGGUCCACUGCUACACCGGCCGCUCAGCGAUGGUCCCUCCUCCCUCAGCUCCGAUAACAGCUCCAGUUGUUCCUGUGACUCCUGCUGCCCCUCCUCUCCAUGUAGCUCCUCCCUAUCGGCACCCAUCACUUAUGAGACUGACACAAGCCACGCCUCCACGCCCAGCGAGGCCGCGACCCACACACUUGAUGUUGCCAUGGAAACCAUCACUGCUGCGGCUACCUGCCUAGAGGUAAAUGAAACACGAUUUGCUUCUGAAAGGAUGGUUGCCACGGUCUCCAUUGACAUCAGCGAUGCAGAUGCUCCGGGGGUUCAGGAACCUGUUGCCACAGACUCAUCGGUUCCCAGCCAGACUGUUACUGUGGCCGUUGUUACCAGGGCGGCCUCUCCUCAGCCUCCGCCCUCUCCUGGUUCAGAGGUGGCCCUUCCUAUUGGAACUACAUCUCCCAUAAAGCAACAGCGUGAUAAAACACAGUGUACCACGAUAAUUAGCACUUGUAGCUCAAUAACACUCCCUAGUCCAAGUGUUGUUGACACAGCACUCCCCUCCAUCCAAAUAAUAAGCGUUGAGGGCACACCUGAGGGCCCAGAAAUUGCCCCUGCCCCAAAAAUCCCUUCAAUAUCAGGCCCAUCUACCCCAACAGAUAGCACUUCUGACAGACCUACAGCCAACCUAACCCUAGAAACCCUGGAUCUAAGAAGAACUUUUGAUACAACCAAAGUUCCUGGUAGCCCAACCUCAGUACCAUCCCCAGAUGUUGACAGAACUUUGGCCAUGAUAACAGACUCUGCUGGUCUCCCAACUGUGGACCCCAAUCCUAGCCUUGUGCCAAUCCCGGCACCUUCAAACCUUACCCAAACUUCAGACCUGGUACCUUCAAACCUUAUCCAAACUUCAAUCCAAGUACCUUCACAGCUUACCCAAGCUCCAGAUCCAGUGCCUACAAACCUUAACCAAGCUGCAGAUACAGUACCUACAAACUUUACCCAAUCUCCAGAUGUAGUACCAACAAACCAUACCCGCUUUGCAGAACCAGUAUUGCCAAACCUUACCGAGCUCCAGAGUCCGUACCUUCAAACCUUACCCCAGUGCCAGAGCCACAAACUAAAACGACCCUUGUUCCAGGUUCCACACUUAACCAUGUUCUAACCCCUGCACAUUCAACCCUUACCCUAGCCACAGAUGCAGCACCCUCUUCACCUGGACCUGACCCAGAGCUGUCACCCGGGUCAGGCCUAACCCUGGUUCCUCCCAACCCAAUGUCAGACUUGCGCCAAAACCCAGGGGCUGUAGCUGUUCUUGUCUCUUGUCUCGAUACGGAUGCAGUACCCGCCGGCCUGUCUCAGUUGUCAGAGUCAGACAUUAUCGGUCCAUUACCAUUGGGUAUCCAGGCUGGUUUUAGCUCUGGUUCUGGAUCAUGCUCUGGCGUUGCUUCCAGAUCAGGUAAACUGUCCCCCCCUGCCCCAGUGCUCACCCUCCCAACACCUGCAUCCUCCUCUUCCUCCUCAUCCUGCCCAGCUAUAACCAUAGAGUCCGAAUCUUCUUUUGCUCCUUCUCAGUCACCCCAUUCAGCCCUCUCCCCAUCCUCACCCCCAUCCCUUCCCUCUCCUCCCUUUCUCCCCUCCCCUCCAGCUCUGCCUUCCACCUCCCUCCCAGCCCCAGCUCUACUCCUGGACCCCCUCACUGCUUCGCACCAGUCUGACAAAGGUGGAUCUUCCUCUGGCCAUGCUUCCUCGCUCUCCCCAUCACCUCGUGCCACUCAGUCCCCUCCAAAACAGACUCUCUUCUCCCCCUGUGUGGAUGUCUUUGAACCAGGACCUCCCAGCUGGGAGGAAGGAGAGGAGGAGCAGGAGGAGGACAACGAUGAUGAUGACGAUGAUGACAUGGGAGCCGACGAAAGCCAGUAUAGACAUCGACGGCUGACUGGUGACUCUGGGAUUGAGGUGUGCAGGUGUCGAGUAGAGGAGGAAGAUGAUGAAGAGGAGGAGGAAGAGAAGGAGGGGGAAAGGAAGGAAGAUGGUAGGAGAGGAGGAGGGGAGAGAGAUAAAAAAGGAAGUGGAAACACUGAUUUCCAUGAUAGUUUGGACUGCCCUGCCAGGGGUCAGAUAACCACAGGGGAAGGACUUACACUGUGCAACCCCGCCUCCACCACCACGCCAACAUCGGAGGACAGUGGCGAAGUCGUCGUUGUCAUGGAGACAGUGUGAUUGACAGAAAAGGGCAAAUCAAACCAUUCGUCAUCCAGACAAGGGACGAAGAGAAAGCAAAUUACGGCGUCCACCCUUAAAACUGUUUUUGGCGAUCGUUCUCUAAACGGGGAGUUUGUGAACGCAGAUGUUGAGGACUUGCAUCAUAUCAAUAAAUGUUGCUUGUUCAGCAGCUGUUAGUCAGACCAGCACAGGUAUCGGAUGUAUCAUAGGAAGAGAUUGCAACAGGAAGAAUUAGUUCAACUCAACACUGUUUAUUCAACUGUGAGUUGGUAUUUUAAUUGGCCGUGGUUCCAGGCUUCUCUAACGGUGAGUACUGGUGUGUUUUAAUAGGAGGAGAGUUGUUUGCAUCCAAGGUUGAUAAAGUUUUACGGCCUCUGCACUACAGCACAGUUGUCAGCUAUUUGUAAAAUGUCAGGAAAAAUUAGGACCCCUGCUCCCCAUUUUGACCCUAACAGAGUAACACUGGAGACUUGUCUCUUUAUGAAGAAUAGCUAAAUUCCUACUAGAGGCUACGAACGGAGAGCUAGCUGAAACAGCUUGUUGUGAUGUGUCUGUAGAUCCAUUCAGUAAUGUUCUCAGUCAGAGUGAACGUUCUGAUUACAUAGAUUUGUUUGUGGAGGUUAAGGUGACACAGUUAACUGUCUUAUCUUUAGCUCUAGUUUCCAAAAUACUCUGAGUUGGCACUUCAGAAGAGUCACACAAAGGUACCCUGUGGAAUUACAUUCAUUCUUCAUCAGUACAGCACAUUCUGUGUAUCCUUGAAGCUUUAAAAAUAUGUUUAAUCAAUUCGCUUGCUGAUAAAAUGAUUGCAGUGUUAUUAUAAAGGUGCACUCCACCAGUUUUACACAUACAGGCUUCAAAUUUCCAGCACAAAGCCUGUGUUACGAACUAGCGGUGUGGAGUUUAGAAGACAUAGGUGUUCACCAGGCAGGAAGCGUACAAUGAAAGAUGCCAUUUAAGUUGCAUUAUGGGAAGUGUGGAAUCCAGUGUUUUUCUAAGUUGACCCAUACAAGAAACUAAAUAUCAGGAUAUCUUGCCCACUGCUGCAUCGCUUAUAACCAUUAUUGUUGUAAUCUGUCUCUUGCAGGUCCCUUAACUUUAUGGAAGUGCGAUACUAAAUUGCUGGACCCCCCCCUUUUAACCUGCAUCGUUUCCAUUCAUAAUUACCAGCUAGCAGUCUAAAAACAUUGUCCCAUACCAUUACUAGCGGUCAAAAAUCCACAGGGUACUUUUAACCUGAACUGCUAGUCAUUAUAAGCUUGCUAACUAGCCGGCAGCAGAUUUGAAAAGAUACUGUGGUUAGCUAACUAGCUGACCUUUCUGAAUGCAAAAUCAGGGAGGGCACAAUUAGGUCCCAAUCAGAAUAAGACACAAAUUGACCAUCAGUCAUUCACUGUUCAGGUCUGUUGAAAGAUACAAACGCAAUUUGUUAUUGUCUGAUUGGCAGUACCAUAAUUACCAACUUGUAAAUAGCGUUCACAUCAACAUCCAAGUCAAAAUUAAACCAGGGAGACUCUGAUCUUUCUGAAAACUCCCAAUUUAUCUAAUUUUGGACUUGAUAGUGCAGAAGUGACUGAAAAAGCAAACAGACAUGGACAUGUCACAACACCCGAAAUUUGUCAUUCAAUUCAUACAUGCUAAUAUAUGGAUAUAGUGCUGUAUUGAUCAUUCACAGGAUUUUUAACCCUCACACGACCGGUUCUUUAGUCAUACUAAUGUGUUGAGUUUUCCACUGACGUGAACGCUCACAAGCUGAAUCAUUACCAUCUCUGCCUUCCGUCCCAUGGACAUGGCAUAAAGACUGUGUACACGAUUGCCUUAGGGUGCAUUAUACCUGUGACAGAAAUUACGUUGUCUUUCUUAUAUAUCUGUCAUGAAAAAGAAAAGAACAACUAUAAAUAGUUGAACAUUUAGCAGAAGACACCUUGCUCGUCUUGGGUGAUGACGGGGGGUUGGAAACAUGGACAAACUGGCUGUUUUUGAAAUGAAGAGACUGAUGUCAGAGGAUGAUUCACUCUGGUAGAGGGAGACUGAUUCAUUCAUUAGAGGGAAUGUUUUGAUGAAGAAGUCAGUCAGGAAAGCAGAAUUAGGUGGGUAGUUUAUGAAAUAGGAGAGACAGCUUCUCAGAUUUGAUGUGUUUGUGGCAACUUGAUCCUAUAAGGAAGGUUUCGGGGUGGAAGGAUCAGUUGGUUUCCUCUGCGUCGGCGUUUCGGCAGAGAAAAGCUUUUGCAUAAAUGGGAAUAAACAAUGGGCGCUGUUAGACAGAAACAAAGCACCAAACAGUACAGAGACGGGAACACGUCAUCAUUCAAGUCUUUGUGUCUUUCUCUGAAUUUGAGGUCAGAUGCAACAACACGUCCUAGACACCACCCAAGCUACUUUCAGUCCCUGUCUAAACUCUGAAAUUACUUUCCACUUUGUGCAUCUCUCGCUUCAUAUAUACACCUCUCCUUGUUUAUCAUUCAGAAUCCUUAAUUCUACUGAUUUGUAGACUCAAUUUACAUCAUCCUACAAAAAUCACCAAACAAGUCAAGGUCUUUCAGGGCCUUUAAAAAUGACAGUAACCUCAAUCCUGUUAAAGAAUAGGGAAGCUGAGUGAGUACAAUUUAUUUUUAGGCCAUUGUUGUAACAUAUUAAUGUUUUGUACACUGUCAGAUUGAUAGGCAUGUCAAAAUUGAUAUUUUAUGACGGAGAGACAUAAAGGUAGAGUAUAUUUUGUCAAUGACAGAGAGAUAGUAACAUUUGUAUUGUACAUGCUGGUGUAUUUCUAACCACCUUAGAAUCUGAAAUUAGUGAAGAGCAAUAUUUUUCAUCAGCAAGAGUCUGUGUGUAAAUAACCCCCUCCAGAAAAUUCAGGACAACUGCUUCAGGAAGGGUUGACAACAAGGCAAGGCAUUGUCGUUGUUGGGUGAAAACCUUGUUACUCCACUUUAGGUCACUGUCAUGUUGUAAUUUGAACCGCCGCUCUGUGGUUUGGGCAAUUGCAACACAAUUUGGCCGCUGAAAAUCUCUCCAAAACCCUGCAGACAAACUGAAAAAAUGCAUAAGGGUCAGGAAGAUAACAGACUUUUUGUCGACAUGUUGGAGAUCUGAAGUUUUUACCCAACACCAACAAUAUAAUGAUUGUAAGGGCUGGUGUAGUUUUUAAAAGAGACGAGUAAUUUCCAACAGGCUUGGCGGAGGUAUGCCAUCACACAUUUGUAAUACUUUUUAAUUCUGUCGGUUUUAGAAAUGAAAACAUAGUUUUGUCAUCUUGUUAUCUUUGUCCAUGUCAUGAUGUCAGGUAUUUGGUUUAAGCAAGAUGCACUCCCAUGCUCUCUCACUGGGAGUAAAAAUCGAGUGUAAGGGUGAGAUGUGUCCUGUCUUUUCUUACAACUCUUACCACAUAGUGCACUUGUUUCUGCAGCUUAUCAUGUAAGCUGUGUUAGAAAGUUUCACAAAUGUGUGUUGAUCCAAACCAAAUGUUGAAGUGUGUUGGAAAAGACACCAGAGAGUAACCAAUGAGUAGCCAAUGACAGAAAGAGUGUGCAGUGAUUUUGUCAGAUUGUACCAGCAGAUAAUUGCUUGAACCAGAACUCUUGAAAGUGGGAAUGUUCAAAUGACGUCUUAUUCGGACUGGAUUAUGCUUCGGGGGGGCGAUUUCAACAUUACCUGCUCUGGUCAGUGAUUUGAAUCCCGUCCACAGCACGUAUGUGGGUAAUAUUUCACCCCUACUCCAGGAAAAAUUACGGCCACAGAUACCUACUGCUUAUCUGUGAACUGGCUGGUCCUACUCUAAUUUAAACCCCAUCCAGAAAGUCAAAGAUGUUUAUGCUUAUCUGAUAGAUGGAAACAUGAUAACACCAACUUGUAGGCCUCUCUGGGAACCAACAUGACGACAGAAAACAUUUUGAGCCAAGUAUUUUUUAGCAUAAAUUUGUUUAUUUUUCGGCGAAUUGGCACCACUAAAAGUACGCUUAAUUAGAUAUUAGCAGCUCCUGUCUGCAGUGUAGCCAUGGAUGUACAGACAACUGUCACUGGAUCACUGUGAUACUGAAGGAAACUUUAAAACGUGAAGAUUCUCAGGCAGGUUCUGCAUUUAUGAGGAGCAUCUUUUUUUUAUGAUUUCUAAGCAGAUUUAUGGACCUUUUAUUUGCAGUGGACAUCGGAGAUGAUGAUAUCCUCGACGUGUAAGUCACACUGAAUGAUAUCAACAUGUGUUUCAUGUCUUUGUCUAUUAAAAACCAUACUCUGUAAUUUCACCAUGGUUAAAAUGCCAUCUGGAUUGAUGGGUUAAACUACCAAAGAGUACAGCGAGUAUUUCGUUCCCCACCUCCCCUGUGAUGUCAAUCCAGUCCGAAUGGGGCUUUAGAAAGUAAAGAAACUGCAUAUAGAGGCAAUACCAUUGAGGAGGAAAGUGAUCUUCUCAGGUCCCUGUGUAACUAUGGCAACCGCUGUGGUGCAGUGGUCACCUGAUGAUUGUUUCAGUCACCUAUUCAGCCUUCUCCGAUGGAAAGACCUUGAGUCUGGUUGACCGAUCCUUAAACCCUGUGUCCAUGCUGCAUUACAACACUGACUUGUCGUUAAGGACAAUGGGACUUCGCCGACAGAGGUACCCACAUACGGAUGCCCACGAUGGACAAAGCUAUGUUGGACUUCAUAAUGACAAAAGCAAUGUCCUGCCAUGGAAAGCACGUGAUGGAGCAGACGGUUAUUUCAAAAGGAUUGACAGCUGGAUGUUUUUCUGGACUGCCAGAAGCCUUGGUAGUCAUCUUGGGAACCAAUGUGCACAAGAUUGGAUUCAUACACGGAUAAAAAUGAUCCAAUCUUCCUUUUCUAAACCUCUGUGGAUAAAUUCACAGACAUAGGAAUCUGGUUUUGAGCCAAUCCGGACUUUGGAGAGCUCAAGGAGAUUAUCUGAUGAUGUCUUUGAUUCGUCUCAGACUGAGGUCCAAAACGUGACCUUAUUCGAUUGAAUCCAGGCAAAAUUUGCACCUGUGGACUGAGAACGAAGAGUUCAUUGAGGCUGAGGGACCUCCUCGAGAAAGGUCAAGGGUGACACCAAGCCGUUGAUGUUGUGGUUGAUGUUGUGGUUGAUGGUGUUUUUUGUUUACCUGAACUAAUAAGGUUAUAUAUAUAUCCAUGGUUACAGAGUGCCAUUUCUACUUGACAACUGUUACUACUUAGCAUUAGAUAGAGCUGUUCUUGCUCUGUGUGGGUGUGGACUUUCGACCAGAAUGACUGUAGAAAUGUUGUCUGGAAUCUGUCUGUAGCUCAGGUUCCCAAAGGCUCUGGAGCUCUCAGAUCAGCCUUAUAAAGGGGAUGCAGCUGGUUUUGACGUUAUUUCUGCCUUCUCUUUUAGGAUUUUAUCUAAAUUAUCUCAAAGUACCGCAAGAGUGUUGACAUUGUCUGUGAGGCUGGGCAGCAGAGAAGGGACCAGUGGUUGGAAUUAUCUACAGAUUUUCCAACGCCAAUAUCAAGCUCACUUCUACCAGCUAAAUGGAAGAAAGUCCUGUCUCUUCUAUGUAGGCAUCAUGGGACAUGUAGUGAAUCACCGACUGAAGUAGAAGUAGACAAGGUAGGUUGGGGUAACCUCUUCAGAACUCCUGUGAUCACAAACCGAUGUUACACAACAGUGGCAAAAGAGAGAGGACAUUUCUGGCAGUAGUUUCCAUGUGUCUCAGUGGGUACAGCAAAGCAACAGCAUUGCCAGGGUUGGGGGUUAAAUUCCCACUGAAGUUGCUGACACCCAAGAUGUCAAUACUCUUGAUGCUGCGAGGUAUUUAGGGGUAAAAUCUUCAACCAAACGACUGAUAAAAGUUUAGAUGAUCUCCUUGUAUGCGAGGCUGAUGUAAGGGCCAACCUACCUUUUGGAAACCCAGUCUUUAUCUCUUUUGUUGAGUUUUUGUAGUUUUUCAUCAAAUGUUGGUGGAUGAAAACAUUUAAAAAUAGUCCUCUCUCAGAGUUUCACUCUAACUGGAUUCACACUGACAGGUCAGAUUUGGUUUUAACCCAAAAUUGACUCCAGUAUGAUUGUUUAAAAGCUGUAAUUGACUAUUAGUAAUCUUUAAACCUUGAAUGUGUCUGCGGAUCACCUUUAACAUUCCUAAAGUAAGUGUUUAUAGACCUCUCCUGGCAAUUAGUUCUGAAACCUACAAAGACUGGACAAACCACACGUAUAGAUUGCACAGAUUUUUUAAGUGUUUGACAGUUAGGAAAGAACCUACACUGUACAACUAAGUAAAUUUACUAGAAGACACAGUUAACCACUGGUCAGUAACCACUGGAGUUGUACAGGUACACGACCUCCAGCGAGAACACAAGGGGUCCCGUGUUCUUGUACCUAAACAAACGCGGCUGGCAACAAGAAGCUUGCGUUCUUAAUUUUGUCUCCUGUUUAUUGACCAGUCUGUCUCCUUCGGGUGACACAAGUGGCGUUCUCAGUCCCAAAUAUUCGACUCGUUUGAACAAAAACAUCCAGAUCUGGACUUCAUCUGAAAACUUAAGCGUACAAUCUUUACAUAUCACACAUUAUAUAUGAUUUUAUUGUCCUACUGUCAACACCAACUGACCCAGAGUGGAACAGAUUCGGUCCAACUUGAUCCCAUCGGUUGACCAGAUUAAAUCAUAUUCAUAAUCGGCUCAACGGUCAUUUUAGUCUGUGGUAACUAAGAUAUUUAUAGGAAUACUUAAUCCCCAAAGGAAAAUUAUUUCCGUGUCUUCUCACCCUGAUAUCUGCUGCCCACUGGUGAACUGUUUUACUGUGAAGCAGCAGCAGGAAAUUCUAAUUUAGUAACAAAGGUCAAUGAAAGUUAAUCUAAGCGUCGAUUUGGUUGUUUUUCUGCAAUGACAUUAUCAAAUUGUUAAGGAGAGAUCGGAGAAAACAAUGUUAGACACAAGUCAAUUGGGCAGACGAAGCGGUGGAGGCCACAUGUAUUUAUUGCAGUUUGGGUGAAUUUCAGACACAGGUGAAAAGCAGUAGCUUUCCACCUGUUGUCGUGGAAAUAACUGCGUCCCACGUUCUUGAUCAUGGUCCCUAAUGGUGCAUCACAUUGCAGGUAUCCAGGCUAUACCUGGAAAACCAUCGUUAGAUCUGUUUGGAGAGAUUAGAUAGAUGUUUGUGCUUUAAUGGACCUUUAGAACGAGAGUAGAAACUGUCGACUUCAGUAGUUUGGGGAGCUUCAGGGUGAAUUUGUUAUGUGUUUGGGCAUCGUAUGAAAUUAAGGAACAGGGCUGAAGAGAUGGAGAGUGACACAAAAAUGUAUUUUCCUUUUGGGAUUUUGGGGUGAAGUGGUUCCUUUAAUGUGAAGAUGCCCAACAAAAUGAUGGCUAAGGCUCAACUUCCAACUGAAGCUGACACAGCAGAAGUUUUCUUGAGAGUCCUGGGAUGCGAGAUAUAUUGAUUGCGUUGGUCCUAACCUGUUGUGUAAAAUAUCCUCCCGCCCUAUAAAACCUGCGCUGACCCUGACACGUGAACCCAGUCAAAGUUUUAGACAACUCUGGAUCUUGGCCUCAUUAAAUUUUUUGCCGUUUUGGCUCCUGUUCCAUCAGGAGAUUGGAAGUAGCUUCACCCUGUGGUGUUUUACAAAAUUAUUUAAUUUACUAAAACUUAAGUAUGUUCCUUCUAUUGUAGGAGCCCCUCCCUGUCUAAAGGAUGUUUUUCUCUUCUUAUUAUCUCUUCUCUUCCUUCCUUCCUUUUUGCAUGAGGUUUCUUUCAGAGGAGUCGAAGGAGGCAGAGAAGAGAUUAGUCGUUAGAAUCCCUUAAUAUUAUGAUGAUAACAAUGCUAAUUAUUAGUAUUACCUAAUAAAUAGUGAGUGUGUAUGUGUGGAUGUACGUAUGUGAGUGACAUAACUAAACCAGCCUGUUCUAACAGUGUGUGAAGAUAUACUGAAUAAAACUGUCAAAUCUA